AUGACAGCUUUCACGGACGGGGCAAGGAUGUUACCGCCCUCUCUUGGCCUGCAUCGCGCCGCUAGUGCGGGCAAUGUUUCACUAGUGCUGUAUGCACUCGACAAUGGGCAGCCUGUGAAUCAAAUUCUACAUGGCAUUGCACCUUUGCACGUCGCUGCAUGCAUGGGCGAUGUCGCCAUUACCAACACACUGAUUUCCUACGGAGCUGAUGUCAAUAUUCCCAAGGCGAAAGACAAAGUCACUGGCCCCGGUGUCGAAGGAGCGACGCCACUUCAUUUCGCAGCAGCAAAUGGACAUCUCGGUGUGGUACAUACGCUGCUUGUACACGGUGCGCGUCCACGACCUGUCGAUCGUGAUUUGCAAACGCCCGAGUCUCUUGCAUAUCAAAACCAGCACAUUCACUGCCUGACAUUCUUGCGUCAUUGGAUGGACUUGUAUGGCACUGACGGCCACGUCGAAUCGUCCUCGCUGCGACCCACCCUAGCCUGGAGCGACCAUUCGCUGUUCGAACGCUCUCGUGAGGGAACCAGGAGCCGAUCGCCUCUUGCUUAUACGCCAGAAACACUGCCAAGGCGCGAUCCCAUGUCAUCUUCGCUCAGCUCCCCUGCUCCACACGAACCUAAACCACGCAGCAGCUUCCCCUCGUUGAUCGAAAAGGCGUCGAAUCCUGCUGCGACGAUCCGGGCCGCCUUGUUCCCUUCUUCUCCAUCGACGCCGCGCUCUGACGAAAAUACCUCUUCAUCGAUGACGCGUCGCGUGCCACGCAUUAGUAGUCGAGCGAGUCUUACCGGCCUGUUUCGCCGUCGGAGUAUCACGCAGUCUGCAGAUGAUGCAGGGGCGGCAGCAGCAACGGCCGCGGUCGCGGCAGCUGCGUCGACAUCAACCUCGUCCUCCUCCUCGUCAACCACCACCUCUGCUGCUACGCCCAAUGACACCGAGUCAGCUCGGUUUGGCCGGGCACUUCCGAUGACGUCGAGCAGACCUGAUCCAAGUGCCUCGCUCCGGCAGCAAUCGUACUCGAAAAGCUCGACAUCUGGCACGACGCCACCACCGAGCAUUCCGCUUCUGUCGACUUUCAGCUCGCCACCAAGCAGGUUGCGUCAUCAGACCGACACACUGUCUAUGGCUGAUCAAAGCACGCGCUCUCACAUUUCAAUGGCUCUCGCAUCAUCGCAUCUUCGGCGACUAAGGAGCAACAGUGCCUCCAGCACACUUGGCGACAAGGGGCUGUCCACUUCCCAUACCCGCACACGUGCGAAUUCUGAGGCUGCUGCUCAAUCACAGCAACGAGAGGACGUUAUCUCUACGAACGGAGUCUCUUGGGGCGACGAGGUGCAUUCGUCUUUGUCGAGAGACGAUGCUGGGAUAAGCGACACAAGUCUGUAG